GUAUAAGUUUCCGGUAGAGGAUGAUUUUUUUUUUUUUUUAACGAUGACUAGCGCGCAGGAAGACUCAUGGCAUUCUCCUAACCGCUGUUGGAAGAGAAAUGGAACUUGGAAAAGCAAAGCUUCUCAGGACUGGACUUAAUGCUCUGCAUCAAGCAAUUCACCCUGUUCAUGGCAUUGCUUGGACAGAUGGGAGGCAGGUAGCACUCACUGCCUUAUACAACUCAAAUGGGGAGACCAAAUUUAGUGAUACUAAUGUCAUUGGACAAUUUGAACAUGUUUUGGGACUCUUCUGGGCAGCUGCCUGCUGUAGUGGUGCUCCAGCCCUGCUUGCUGUCCAGCACAAGAAACAUGUUACUGUUUGGCAGCUACAGCUAAGCAAUCUGGAACAGAAUAAACUUCUGUGCACCCAAACUUGUGAAAUGGGGGAGCCUUUUCCUAUUCUUUCUCAAGGCUGUGUGUGGCACCCCAAGAAGGAUGUUCUUGCUGUUCUCACUAAAAGAGAUGCAUCUGUUCUCUACUCAGUCAGGACUGACAACCGCAGGAUGAAAGCCAACAUUAAGGGAAGCGGCUUAAUACACUGUGCUUGCUGGACUAAAGAUGGAACACGUCUUGUGGUGGCAAUAGGGAGCGCUCUUCACUCUUACAUUUGGAAUGAUGUUCAAAAGAGUUUAAAUGCGUGCACCUUUUGUCCAAUCUUUGAUGUUGGAGGAUAUAUCUGUGCCUUAGAAUCAACUUCGGAUGCUCAGAUAGCUGUUGCUACUGAGUUACCUUUAGAUAAAAUUUGUGGUCUCAAUGCUGGUAUUGCUUUUGAUGUUGCAAUUGCAACAGAAACUGGGUCACUGCCACCACAGUCCUCAGUACUUGUUGUGGAUGAGGAAUCCUGUUUCGAUUCUAGACGGAAAUCGAUAGAUUCUGAAAGGUCCUUAGCUAUGAAUUCCAUAGCAUCGUCGUCAUCCUCUGGUCCUUUGGAUUUAACUCAUAUCCUUGCAAACCACAGGAAAUCUGAUCCUAGCCCAUUAAUUCACUUGAAACGUCGAGAUUAUGUUACUGGCAGUGGGCUAGACUCUUCACACUUAAUUCUGGUUACUUUUGAAAGAAAAGUCACAACAACAAGAAAAGUUAGCAUCCCUGGGAUUUUAGUACCUGACAUUAUAGCAUUUGAUCCUCGUGGUCAGACUGUAGCAGUUGCCUCAAACACUUGCAACAUGGUGUUGGUAUAUUCUGUGACUUCUACAGCAAUGCCUAACACACAGCAAAUCCAGUUGCAGAAAAGUGAAAGACCAAAGGGGGUUUGCUUCCUGAAUGAGAAGGUGCUGUUGCUCUUAGUGGGGAAACAAAAGUCAAAUGACCCUGCUUUCCUUCCUGCUUCAAACACAGAUAAGUACAUCAUUCGUUUGAUGGUCAAAGAGCUCAUAUAUGAUGAUGAUUCUUGUUUCUCAACAGGCAAUACUCAGACUCCACCACCUUGUUCUGAAAAUAGCCCAGGUAUUCCAGGCAUAAAAAGAUUUUUUGAAAGCCUGUCGAAAGAAGAUAGAGCAUCAGGAAAAGAGCUGCUAUUACCAGGUAGCCCAGUCAUACAGUCCCCCAGUGGGAGAAGGAAGCUUAUUGAAGAAGUAAAGAGUGGUGAGCAAAGCCCAGUGCCUAAUAUGAGUGAUUUUACAGAGAGAGCCACUUCCAGUGAGUCUUCACUGGCUAUUGAAAAUUUUGAUUCUGAGCCUGUAAAUCGGUCUACAUCCUUAAGUGUCAUGGGUUUCCCAAGCAGGGAAUCUUCCCGAUCAAAUUCUCCUGCUGUUCUUACAAGUUUACCCACAACUAAUAAUCAGUUGAAGGAAAGAACAGGAGAUCAGCUGUCACAGAAUUUGGAUAGACUCUUUGCCAGAUUUUCUGAGAUGCAGCAGUGUCUUUCUGAGAUUACAGAUUAUACUCGCAAUGGGAAGAAGUUGCUGGGAAACUAUCCGUCAUAUUCAGAGGCUCCAUUUGUCAAUAUCACCUGCCAGAAACAACUCUCUGAGAAUGUGUUCAUUGAUGAGAGAAGACCAGUUCUUCUCUGUGAAGGAAAGUUGUGUCUUCGAGUCAUACAGGAGCUUUUCAACCUCAGUAUUGUGGAAAUGCAACAUGGUCACCUUUGGAUUGUUCUAGUUUCUGAUGGUGAAGGGUUUGUCCCAUUAACAUUCAAGCCCAAGGAUGAAAUCACCAUUCGUAAUGGAAAAGCAAAAAAUGCACAUUUCUCUUCAUACGCACAAGGGGAAAAAACUUCAAAUCAUUAUUGUCAAAGGAGGCUGAAAAAUGAUGUGCUCCUUCCAAUAGCCAACUGACAUUUUAUAGAACUUUCUAAACAUCCAUUUUGGCCAGUUCACUGACUCCCAUUGAUUAAGACUUGGUGGUGGUCAUAGAAAAUGUAUAUUUUAUUAAAAAUAUU